CGCGGCCAUGGCCCAGGUGGGCGCCAUCGCGGCGCUCUCGCUGAGCUUCGUGGCCGCCGCCUUCCUCUCGGCCAUCCACAAGAUCGAGGAGGGCCACAUCGGCGUCUACUACCGUGGCGGGGCGCUGCUCACCUCCACCAGCGGCCCCGGCUUCCACCUCAUGCUGCCCUUCAUCACCUCCUACAAGUCGGUGCAGACCACCCUGCAGACCGACGAGGUGAAAAAUGUCCCCUGCGGCACCAGUGGGGGAGUGAUGAUUUAUUUUGACAGGAUUGAGGUGGUGAAUUUCCUCAUCCAAGGUGCAGUAUAUGACAUAGUGAAGAACUACACCGCCGACUACGACAAAGCUCUCAUCUUCAACAAGAUCCACCACGAGCUGAACCAGUUCUGCAGUGUCCACACGCUGCAGGAGGUCUACAUUGAGCUCUUCGAUCAGAUUGAUGAAAACCUUAAACUGGCCUUGCAGCAAGAUCUAACUACAAUGGCCCCUGGAUUAAUUAUACAGGCUGUCCGAGUUACAAAGCCAAACAUCCCUGAAGCGAUCCGGAGGAAUUACGAGCUCAUGGAGAGCGAGAAGACAAAGUUGCUGAUUGCAGCACAGAAACAGAAGGUGGUGGAGAAGGAAGCAGAGACAGAAAGGAAAAAGGCCCUCAUUGAGGCAGAAAAGAUUGCCCAAGUUGCUGAAAUCACUUACGGACAGAAAGUGAUGGAGAAGGAAACGGAGAAGCGCAUUUCAGAGAUUGAAGAUGCCGCAUUUCUUGCGAGAGAGAAGGCAAGAGCUGAUGCUGAAUGCUACACUGCUAUGAAAAUAGCUGAGGCUAACAAGCUGAAGUUAACUCCUGAGUAUUUGCAGCUGAUGAAAUACAAGGCUAUUGCAGCGAACAGCAAGAUCUAUUUUGGCAAAGAUAUUCCCAACAUGUUCAUGGACCAUGCAGGGAGCCAGACGAAGCUUGCGGAUGGACUCACGGAAGGAAUCCAAGACGAUGAUGGUGCAGGAACCAGUGAAGACACAAAACUGCAUCGUAACAUCAAAUGAUCUUGCAAGAUUUGUAGUUUUCUUAUAUGAAAAGAAGAGGAGAACUGGGAAGUUCCUUUCUCUUUCCCCUUUCCUGUACUGAGCAAGAUGAAUCAGACUUAAUCCCGUUAAUCUUUUCUGGGACGAUUAGAUGCAAGGACUUUGGUAUUUAUGGGGUGCUUUUUUUCUGGUGACAUCUAAGCAGUCAGCUCCAAAUAUGUCCUCGAGAAGCACCUCUCCUGCUGAUGGACAAAAAGACCAAUUAUUGUGGAGGGGCCAGAUGGAUGACAUCUCUGCACAAUGUGUUCUGCGGCCAACUCAGCUAGGUACUUUAUUUGGGAGGGAAUGGGUUUAUAGCAGCUGUGGAAGUAAAGAAGAUUUGGAGGGAGGGGGAGUUGCUGCUAUUUUUUUCUUUUUUGUUGGAAAUUCCCAGUACUUUAUUUCAAACCCAUUUUAAAAAAGGUGCUAGACUUUUGUACACUAAGCGUGUCUGCUUGAAGGCUCAGACACCGUCAGAAUGUCAGGUGGCUUAGAGGUAGUGCUCUGAACUAUUCAUUUGCUGCAUCUAACACUGGUUUGUUUUCCAUUCGUCGUAUUUGGAGAGCUUAAAGGGACGUCCUUGCUGGCAGUUCAUCCACUGAGCCAAGAGUCCAGGUAUGCCGAUGGAGGCAGUGUCCUGCCAGUGUUUCACUGGACUGAACUGCCCCCUCAAAUCAGACCUGUAUUUUCAGCAUAGAGCAUAAGGGAAGGGAUAUUUGCUGGUAGCAAAAUAAUAUACUGAAAAGUCACAGGGCAAAGGCACGCACUUACAUCUGCGCUAUUCAGAGAGAAAAUACCUUUUUUUCUUUGCUCAGGACAAUGCUGUACAGUGUACCUUUCACUACAGACCACUGAUUAAUUCUUAUAUCAGAUACAGAGGAAAAUAUAGAGGGUUUUUUUUGUUUUAUUUGGCAUGUAUGCAGAACUUUGAGGGGGUGGGGGGAAGCUCAGGGCUAGAGCAAACAUCUGUUUUUAUUUCCUGUCCCCCACACCAAUCCAUCAGUAACCUGGCAGGAGAGCCUGUUUAUUAACUCCUUUUAAUUUACAGUCCAUAUACUAAUAUGAAAAAAGAGUGCAAGUUCUAACUUAGUUGUCAUGGACCAGCCUAUUGCACUUAAAAUCUAGUGUUGCAGAGCUUGCCGCCUACUGUGCUUGGUUUCACUCUUCAGUGUUUUAAAUAUAUGCUUUUUUUUUUUUUUAAUAAGCACAGUAAGAGAGAAAUCCAAUACAUUUUUAGUGCUGGUUCCAGUAUCUUCACUAUUUCUUAUUAUUUUUACUUUUGGAGUGAUGACUAUACAUAUUUGAAAAAUCAAAGAUAGCACCAGUUACAGCUGGAAAAAGCCCAUCUACAGAUAUUCUUGUGUCUGCUGGAAAAACUGGGCCCCAUGGUGAAAAAUUUCAUCUCAGAAAUCUACAGGGGACCAGGUAGCAGUCAAGAAAUUGCAUCCAGAAAUGUGUGGGUAAUAUUACUCAGUUUUAUAAAUUUUCUGCAGAAGAUUAUGAAAAGGGAAUAGCAAAACUUUCGACCUCAGGUAAUCAUACCCAGCACUUUGGAGGUUAUCUGGGUUGCAUGGGGCUGUUCUGCUUUCAUAUUUGGGGUUCCAUUUAGUAACUAAGACAUUCUUUAGUUGAGUGUCUACUCAAAUGCAAAGACCCUAACAAACCAAAGUGUGUUUCAAAGGAUGCUCCUGUGGAACAUUACUGCAAAACAACAGUUUGAAUAGGUCUUAGUGAUUAUUUUUAAUGGAAAAUAUUGCCGUGAAAGUGCUCCUUUGUGGAGAAAUACAGGGGGGGGAAAAAAAAAAAAAAGAAUAACCAGACUUAUUAAUCUAAAAUGCAGAUUUUUUUAAACCACUCCAUGAACCUUUAUGAUUCCUCCUAAUUGAAAGCUAAUUACUGCAGUAGGAGCGAUAACACCAUAGACUUUUGCAGCUUAAGCAAUCUCUAAUAAGAAUUUAAAGA